CUCUCUCUUUCUUCAUUUUCUACUUUUCUUUUCUCUCUCUGUCUCUUUCUCUUUCUCUCUCUUUUUCUUUCAUUCUUUCUUAUAUAUAAUUUAAGCAUAUAUGACAAACCAUCCACGUAAAAUACAAAAGGUUUAUUAUUCACCUACCAUUUUGGAGAAACCUAAAACAUCACAACAUAUGGAUAUUGAUGCAGAAGAUGAAGAAGCAGGAACUAUUUUAGUAGCUCUUGCAAAACAAGCCAAUAGGAUGAACAGUAAUAUCAAAUUGCCAUCAAUUAUGCUUACUGAAAAGGUAAUAAAAACAUAAAUAGUUAAUAUUAUAUAUGUUAAUGUAUCCUGUAGCCAACAAGAAGUCAUUCAAUGUCUAUUAAAAAUCUAAUAGAUACAGAGUCAACUGAUGUUACACCUUGCAGCUCUUAUUCUACUGGACAUGACUUUUAUCAGUCUUCCCAAAGACAAACUCUAGCUAACAUUUAUGCGUCAGUGCCUUAUCAAUCAAAUGCAUUUAAACAACCGGACAUAAUAAAGGAAGCUUAUAAGCUAUCAUCAUCAUCGUCAUCAUCAGCUCGAGAAUUAAAAAUUAGACGAAGUUCAAUUCAUGUCCACAUUAGUUACAAAAUACAUGCACACAAAAUACGUGCACAGCAUACACAUUCGACUUACUAUCCAAACAUACAUCAUCACACAGCUUCCUAUCACCCAGCUAUUCCAUACCACUAUAAAGACAAUACUGUUUAACGUGUACAUAUCCAUUAUCUUUUUAUUAUUAUUAUUAUUAUUAUUUUACUGUUAUAAUUGUUAUUUAAUCCUAUUCAUUCCUUAAUCUAUCGGAUUUCCCAUAAAAUAAAAAAGCAUUCAUUAUUUAUAUUUCAUACCACAGUAACAUAUUGAUCGAGUUUAGGAAAUGCUUCGAAGACAUGUGUCAUAUCGAACUACUAUUCAUAGUCUUUUUUAUCUAUAAACUAUACCAUUAUUUUUCUUUAGAGGAUUACAAGUUAUAUGAGAAAAGUCAAGUUGGAUAACCUUUGUAAAUUUAUCCACAUUUCACGGCUUUCACGUCAUUCAAAAUCUAUCUGAGUAGCACUUGUGGUAAGCCUUCUAAAAGUUGCUAUCUGAGUUUUAAACACAAAUCGGGUGUUGG